GACUGGCCUGUGAUAACUGCUCCGCAAGCUCCAAUGUGGCCCUAAAUUCAUCUCGAAUUGUUUGCGGCCAAAGAAGAGACCAAAGAGGCAAAUGUCAAAAAAUUCUUUGUGCAACAAUAAUAAGGUGCAGGGCAGUGUGGACAAGCUGCAGCAAAUCUUUCCGAGAAGGACAGCAGCUUAGGCGGGCCUGUGCAACGUCUAAAACGAAAGACAGGAGUCAGGCAGGUGCUUCGCGUUUGUAGGUCAAACCAGAGCCUUCGACGUGUGUCGUAUUUGUAUACACCUCCCACGCAUACAUGCGCAGGACAGAACAAGUGAUUUGACCAGCAUGACGUCCUCGUACCACAUUAUGAUGUCUGCAGCCACCUCGCCAGCUCAAACAGUGCCAAAGGCCAAUUCCAUGGCUUCGGGGGGAGUUGGGUCAAACAAUUCCAACGGCGGCGGGGGCUCCUACUACGACGAUCAUGAGAAUCACCUGCUGCAUGUAAACAGUGGUCGUCUCAGCAGUGCCGCGGCCUCCUCCGCCCCAGGUCCCACCAAUGGGGGGCCUGGCAGCGAUGCGGAAAUGCGCUGGUGGUGGCGCACCCGGAGCUUGAAUGCCCCGUCGCCCUUCCAGCAGUUCGGACCAUGCGGACGCAUUAUGAAAAACUCCGCCAUGGUGAUGCAGAUUCAAGAUCCGGCCAGCCAGCGCCUGACCUGGUACAAGCCACCGCUCACAGUGCUGGUGAUCAAGAAAAAGGACUCUCAAGUGCUCCUGCCGUUUGUCCAGCUGGUGGAGUGGCUGGUGCAGGAGAAGCACAUGGUCGUGUGGGUUGAGUCCGCCGUGCUGGAGGAUAAGCUGCUGCGGGACGAUGUCAAGCUGGAGAACGAGAGCGCCAAGUUCCGACAGGUGCACGGAGACUACUGUGGCGUGCGUGAGCGUUUUCUGGCGCUGCGCGAGAAGCUGGUGACAUUCAAGGAUGGUCGCGAUGAUCUAACCGAUCGCAUCGACUUUAUUGUCUGCCUCGGAGGGGACGGCACCUUGCUGUACGCAUCUCAGCUGUUCCAGCAAUCAGUGCCGCCCGUGAUGGCCUUCUAUCUGGGCUCACUGGGCUUUCUUACGCCCUUCCAGUGUGAUAACUUUCAGGAGCAGGUGACCAAUGUACUGGAGGGUCACGCUGCCCUCACCCUGCGCAGCCGCCUGCGUUGCUCCAUCCAUCGCAAGGGCGAACGCCGCAAGGAGUCGCUCCAGCCAGCCGGCAGCAACCUGCUGAAGCCAAGUCAUCAUCGUUACCUGAACUAUAUAGAGCUCAACAAUGGAGCAUCCUCUGGUGCCAAUAACAAUUACUGCAACCCGCAUAUGUCAUCAAACAACAGCAUCCUGGUGCUCAACGAGGUGGUUAUCAAUCGUGGCCCGUCGCCAUAUCUCAGCAACAUUGAUAUAUUUUUGGAUGGCAAGUACAUCACCUCUGUUCAGGGCGAUGGCCUGAUUGUGUCGACUCCGACUGGGAGCACAGCGUAUGCGGCAGCAGCUGGUGCCUCCAUGAUCCAUCCCUCCGUGCCGGCCAUACUGGUGACUCCCAUCUGUCCGCACUCGCUGAGCUUCAGGCCCAUUGUGGUGCCAGCAGGAGUGGAGCUGAGGAUAUCCAUAUCGCCGGAUAGCCGCAACACCUCGCGCGUCUCCUUCGAUGGACGCAACGACCAGGAACUGAAUCAUGGAGAUAGCCUGCGGGUGACCACCUCCAUCUAUCCCGUUCCCAGCAUUUGCUCUCAGGAUCAGAUCUCUGAUUGGUUCGACUCACUCGCCGAGGGACUCCAUUGGAAUGUGCGCAAGCGCCAGAAGUGCCUCGAUGAGCUGUCGGACCUGACGGCCUCCGGAUCGGAGGACACGCUCGACGAGUUUGACAAUCUGAAGAUCUACGAUGCGAGUGGUUCUUCCCUGGAUACUUGAGUGCCCAAUUAGCUUAGUUCUAGAGCUAAUUCAUAGGGUUUUCCUGUGUGCAAUUUUUUAGGCUAAGAAAUGUAGCGAAAAUACUCUAUUGUAAUAUUGAAAUAUGUAUAUAUGCAAUUACAUAAAUCACCUGGUUGAGUUGAAGUGUUAAAUGUUAA